ACAGAAGACCUGUCACAGAAACCGCACUUAAACGUAUCUCUCUCUACCCUGGUGGAGUUUUUGGUUGUGUAUACUUUUAUACACGAGCCAAGGCAGAAGCUGUUAGAGAAGAAAGACUUUUCAGUCAAGAAGAGACCUUCUUUAUCAUAUAUGCUGUGAGUAGUAGUACCGUGCAUGCACAAUACAAAAGCUUAUGUAGAGAUUAAAAAAUAUGAUGUUUUAUUCCAUUUUGUUUUUUUUCCGGAAUAGCUGAGAUCAUGCAGAAUUGGUUUUGAUGCUGAUAAGGAGUAAUAUUGGAAACUUGUCGGUGGCCUGAGAAACGAUGCCAAGCAAGCUAUGGUUUGCACCACUAAUGAUUUAUCAGCAUGGAAGGAUUUUCCAAAGGGCCUCAGAGUCCUUCUCCUUGAUGAGGACAGCAUGUCUGCUGCCGAGAUAAAAUCGAAACUGGAAGCAAUGGACUAUAUUGUUUAUACAUUCUGCAAUGAGACUGAAGCGCUGUCUGCAAUUUCAAAUGAACCUGGAAGCUUCCAUGUUGCUAUAGUGGAGGUGAGUCUGAGCAACAGCAGCAGGAGUUUCAAGUUUUUAGAAACUUCGAAGGACUUGCCAACCAUCAUGACUUCAAGUAUUGAUUGCCUGAACACGAUGAUGAAGUGCAUAGCGCUUGGUGCAGUUGAGUUCCUUCGGAAACCACUCUCUGAAGAUAAACUGAGGAAUAUAUGGCAGCACGUGGUUCACAAGGCAUUUAAUGCAGGGGGGAGUGUUCAAUCCAAAUCACUGAAGCCUGUCAAAGAUUCUGUAGUUUCCAUGCUGGAGCUCAAUGAUGGACUCGAAGAAAAUGAGAAUGAGAACAUGGAGAAAACAGAAAAUGUGUCGCUGGCUCAGGAAAGUAAUGAGCAGCAGUCACCAGCUAGUGACAGGUAUCCGGCUCCUUCAACCCCUCAAUUGAAACAAGGAGAGAGACUGUUGGAUGAUGGAUAUUGCCAAGACCAUAUUAACUGCUUAAUAGAAAAGGAGAGUGUGGAGCAAGAGGGAGAUUCUAAAUCCGUUGAAACUACUUGUGCCAUGACUGAAGAAACUCUACAGGCACGGGAUCCUCAGAGCUUUACAGAGAAUGUGAUCAAAGAGGAGGAUAACUCAACUGAUGGUGUCAAGAGGGAGAAUAACAUGUGUCCCAAUUCACAAAAUAAAGACACUCUCAACCAUUCAAAUGGUGCUGAAAAAGCUUCUAGCCUUCAUAAUUCCCAUGGGACUAGAGCUAAUAGAAAGAAGAUGAAGGUAGACUGGACACCAGAGCUUCACAAAAAGUUUGUGCAGGCAGUGGAAAAACUAGGUGUAGAUCAAGCGAUUCCUUCAAGGAUAUUAGAGGUAAUGAAAGUGGAAGGCUUGACGAGGCAUAAUGUAGCAAGUCAUCUGCAGAAAUAUCGAAUGCACAGGAGACAUAUUUUGCCCAAGGAAGAUGAACGGCAGUGGACACAGCAUAGAGAUCAAGUACAAAGGAGUUACUAUCAACAUAAACCUAUCAUAGCAUAUCCUCCAUAUCAUUGUAACCACGCUCUCCCACCUGGUCCGGUCUAUCCUAUGUGGGGAGCAACAGGUAGUCACACAGCUGGGGUGCAUAUGUGGGGCCCCCCCGGCUACUCCCCAUGGCCCCCGACAGAAAGUUGUCAUUGGAAGCCUUAUCCAGGGAUGCAUGCAGAUGCGUGGGGUUGCCCUGUGAUGCCACCAUAUAGUCCUUAUUCUUCCAUUCCUCAUUAUGCAUCUGGGUUUCAGAGUGCCAGCAUGGUCAAUAACAGCUGUGGUAUGCCACAAAAAAUGUUUGACCUUCAGCCGGCCGAGGAGGUAAUCGACAAGGUAGUGAAAGAGGCAAUCAACAAGCCAUGGCUACCGUUGCCCUUAGGCCUCAAGCCCCCGUCUGCUGAUAGCGUCCUAGCAGAGCUCUCCAGAUUAUGCUAUGCCGAUUCCAGUUCACCUGUUCCUUCAUCAAUCAAAGAUGGACUCUACCAGUCAUAACAAAUUUUUCGACCUUACAUAAUUUGAGACGUACACAGCUAAUUCUCAAUUGGCUUGAGACCAUCAAUCAUCAACAGACUAGUCACGUGUCUUGGAAGUACAUGCGCAGGCGCUGACAUCAGGCUACAUAGCCAGAAGGUCUCACGGAUCCUGUAAAUGGCACAGUAAACAGUCAUGUCCGUAGAGGCAACUUAAACGGCUAUGAAAGAGCCAUGUAGAUCCACCAUGCACCUCAUGUGAAAUAUGUGGUUGUGAAUGGAUCAUCCUAAGAAAGGGCGCCUUGCCCUGCCGGGUGUUCUGUCUUUUUGUAGAUGAAAAGCCUGAGAGCUUUGAUCCAGGAGUGGCUGAUGGGGUCAUUGUUUGCUGCUGUAAUAAUGGGAAAUGAGGGUGAUUGAGAUAAUGCUCUGUGCUCCACGGACUUUUCAAUAAAGUUGAGAACUUUGGCAUGGAAUCUUUAAUGCA